GCAGCUCACAGCUGGUGGUUCCCCCUCCCCGAGCUCUCCGCGUGCAUUAGCCGUGAUGUCCUCGAAGGCUCGAGCUCUGGCCCGGCCGGCCUCUGUGCUAGGCACGAUGGAGAUGGGCUGGCGCAUGGACCGCUCCGCCAGUGAGGCCGCCGUGCACGUCUUCCUGGAGCGCGGCCACCGCGAGCUGGACACGGCCUUCGUCUAUGGUGACGGCCAGUCCGAGAGCUUCCUGGGUAGCCUGGGCCUGGGCCUGGGCGAAGGCGGCAGUAGAGUGAAAAUUGCCACCAAGGCCAAUCCUUUGGAUGGGAAGUCUCUCAGAGCUGAGAGUGUCCGGUCCCAGCUAGAGACCUCACUGCAGCGGCUACAGUGCCCUCGCGUGGACCUCUUCUACCUGCAUAUGCCAGACCACAGCACCCCCAUAGAGGAGACACUACGGGCUUGCAAUGAUCUGCACAAGGAGGGUAAGUUUGUAGAGCUCGGUCUUUCUAACUACGCCUCCUGGGAAGUAGCUGAAAUCUGUACCCUCUGCAAGAGCAAGGGCUGGGUGCUCCCCACUGUGUACCAGAAAAAACCAUCCAGUUUGGUGGAAAACUGUGGAAAAAUGAGAAGCAUGUCUGGAACGUUAAAGCCUUCUUCUCCCCACCUUGUGGCCUCAAUGGUGAAUCUUCCUAGAUUGUUGUCUUUUGCUUGGGAGCCCCUGGAGCACCACUGGGAGAAGAUUGGUGCUAAUGAGAUGAUAGACCUGUGUCCAGGGGAGACACAAGAAGUAGGACAUAAUCCUGGUCUUCACAAAACUUCCAAUCAUAAGGCUGGUGAACCUGCCCACCUACCUGACUUUCUCUUCCCCUCUCUACAGGGUGCCCGGGGAGACGCCGUCAUCCUGGGCAUGACCACCGUGGAGCAGCUGCAGCAGAACCUGGCAGCGUCCGAGGAGGGCCCCCUGGAGCCCGAGGUGGUGAAGGCCUUCGACCAGGCCUGGCACCUCGUGGCCCAUGAAUGCCCCAACUACUUCCGCUAGGUCUAGGAGAGAAGCCCCCCUCAUUGAUCCUGGCUAUCUCCAAGCCCUGAGCCCCAUCGGCCAGCCUGUGCCUUAGUCUACAACAGCCUUUCACACUGUCCCAUUCUCUGAGUCCUAGUUCUUCUGGCCUCCCGCCCUGUGUUUGUCUCUGGUAGAGAGAAGAGCAAGGGCCGAGGCCGCUCUGUCCUAUCCUGUUGGAAUAAAUUGAAGCAGAGAGUGGCUUGGAA